GAGCGAGCUGACGCGGAGAGAAGGCGCAGCCCGAGCGCUUCACUCUUGCCGGCCGGCAGCCGGUUUGUGCCCAGGCUCCCAGUUGUAGGAUGGCGGACCCGGCGCUGGCGAUGGAGGGCGAGGAGCCUACGGUGCGAUUCGCCCGCAAGGGCGCCCUGCGGCAGAAGAACGUGCACGAAGUGAAGGACCACAAGUUCACCGCCCGCUUCUUCAAGCAGCCCACCUUCUGCAGCCACUGCACCGACUUCAUCUGGGGCUUCGGCAAGCAGGGAUUCCAGUGUCAAGUUUGCUCCUUCGUCGUCCACAAGCGGUGCCAUGAGUUUGUCACCUUCUCCUGCCCAGGUGCGGACACAGGACCUGCCUCUGAGGAUCCCCGGAACAAGCAUGGCUUCAAGACUCACACCUACUCCAGCCCAACGUUCUGCGAUCACUGCGGCUCUCUGCUCUAUGGUCUGAUCCACCAGGGCAUGAAAUGCGAUUCCUGCAUGAUGAACGUCCAUAAGCGAUGUGUCUCCAAUGUGCCCAGUAUGUGUGGCAUGGACCACACUGAACGACGAGGACGCAUUUUCAUCAAGGCGGAAAUGAUCAAGGACUUGCUCACCGUUGUAGUGAAAGAAGCCCGGAACCUGGUGCCCAUGGACCCCAAUGGCCUGUCAGACCCCUACGUGAAGUUGAAGCUGAUUCCGGACCCAAAGAGCGAGAGCAAGCAGAAAACCAAGACCAUCAAAUGCUCUCUCAACCCAACCUGGAACGAGAGUUUCACAUUCAAUCUGAAGGAUUCUGACAAGGAUCGGAGGCUUUCCAUUGGAAUAUGGGACUGGGACCUAACCAGCAGGAAUGAUUUCAUGGGAUCGCUCUCUUUUGGCAUCUCGGAGCUGCAGAAAGCAGCGGUCAAUAGCUGGUACAAGUUGUUGAGCCAAGAGGAAGGGGAGUAUUAUAACGUCCCAGUGCCCCCCGAAGAGGAUGUUGAAGGAAAUGAGGAUCUCAGGCAGAAAUUUGAGAGAGCCAGAAUUGGGCCAGGAUCAAAGGCGGCAGAGGAAAUGAGAUCCAACUCCUGGUCGAAGACCGACAAUAAUGGCAAUCGAGACCGGAUGAAGCUGGCCGAUUUCAACUUCUUGAUGGUGCUUGGAAAGGGCAGCUUUGGGAAGGUGAUGCUGGCAGAGAGAAAAGGCACGGACGAACUGUAUGCCAUCAAGAUCCUGAAGAAGGAUGUGGUAAUCCAGGAUGAUGAUGUGGAGUGUACCAUGGUGGAGAAGAGAGUUUUAGCUGCUCCUGGGAAGCCACAGUUCCUGACCCAACUCCACUCCUGCUUCCAGACCAUGGAGCGAUUGUACUUUGUGAUGGAGUAUGUGAAUGGAGGUGACCUCAUGUACCAGAUUCAGCAAGUUGGCAGAUUCAAGGAGCCCCAUGCUGUGUUCUAUGCAGCUGAGAUUGCCGUUGGUCUCUUCUUCCUCCACAAUCAUGGCAUCGUUUACAGAGAUCUGAAGUUGGACAAUGUGAUGCUGGAUUCAGAAGGGCAUAUAAAGAUAGCUGAUUUUGGCAUGUGCAAGGAGAACAUGUGGGACGGGGUGACAACCAAGACCUUCUGCGGUACUCCUGACUACAUCGCUCCAGAGAUUAUUGCUUAUCAGCCAUAUGGAAAGUCUGUGGACUGGUGGGCUUAUGGAGUGCUACUGUAUGAAAUGUUGGCAGGACAGCCUCCUUUUGAUGGCGAAGAUGAAGAUGAGCUUUUCCAAUCCAUCAUGGAGCACAAUGUAACUUACCCCAAAUCUAUGUCCAAAGAAGCAGUAUCCAUUUGUAAAGGGCUUUUAACAAAGCAUCCAGCUAAGCGCCUGGGCUGCAGUCCUGAGGGGGAGCGAGACGUCAAGGAACACGCAUUUUUCCGAUGGAUUGAUUGGGAAAAGUUGCAACGCAUGGAAAUUCAGCCUCCGUUCAAGCCAAAAGCGUGCGGGCGCAACGCUGAGAACUUCGACCGAUUUUUCACCCGUCAUCCGCCAGUUUUAACACCACCUGACCAAGAGGUCAUCAUGAAUAUUGACCAGGCAGAGUUUGAGGGCUUCUCUUUUGUUAACACGGAGUUUGCGAAGGCUGAGAUUCCGUGUUAAUUAUGUUUGGGGAGGAAAUGAGGGUACGAGAGGGGAGGGAGGGGGGUCAGACAUCCUCUUCUGCAUAAGGGCCAAGUUUUGGUGUGUUGCAGCAUGUUCAGAGGCUGUUCACUUUCUGCAAUGUUCGCUUGGCAAAUCUCUCAAAGUGUGUUGGGAAUGCAGUACUUCAUUCAUCAGCUCACCACAGCAGGACUAAGAAUGGUCACAGCAGCGGACACGCCAGUGCUGACAGUUCGCAUUGGUUGCAGGUGCUUCCCUUUAUAUUCCGUCUGUACGAAGAUGCUUUGCUAUAUUAUUUGCUGCCUGGUUGCCAAAAUUUGUGAUCUCUAUCUAUUAAUCGGCUCAGGCCAGUGUCUUCCCUGCUGCUCUGAUACACAAAGGUAACCCACCUUUCACUAUACUGUGAGACGCCUCUGCCUGUGAAAUCCAUGGUGUGUGUUUGUGAAGGUUUCCUCGCGAAACGUGUCUGUGGCUUUUGGGAAAUCUACUCCAGGGAGAUUGUUGUUAACGGAUUUAAAAUGUCAUUCUCAGCAGCUCUUAAAAAAUGUGUCAAGGUCGUUCUAAAUGUUUUCUGGCCCGCAUAAUGUGAUUCCAGAGGCUGAUGUGUAAUUAUAAUUAUACUUGAAUUAAACAAAGUGUUUGUAAAGUUUGCUCGGUUUUAGAAGUGUUAGCACCUGUCCCCUCCCCGAAUAAAUUCUUUUCCGUGCUGAAUAAGAUGCUGAAGGCCGAGCCGCCUUCUCACUGGCUUGGUCUGACCUUGUUGAUGAACCUUCUAGCUGAGUGCUAGCAUGUUUAAAGCGAAAAUGAAAAAUUGCAAGAAAUUUAAACAAAUAAGUGCAUGCCUGUUGUUUUUGUAGUGUGUUGCUAACAGUGCCUGCAGUUGAUGUGCCAAAUAUUUUUCCAGUAUUGAUAAACAAUAAAGAAAAUCGCACCAAACAAAC